AUGGAGCAGCACAAAGAUGAAGAUUUCGGCUUUGAGAGCGGCGAAGAGGACGAGGGGCCGGAGGGGGUGUCCGCCCAGGAAGCCCAACCUCAGGCCCACCCACAGCAGGCUUCCCAGGGUCGAGACGGAGCAGACGGGGCCCGGGGCCUGCCUGGGGAUUCUGGCGUUGAGGGUGACCGUGGCUUCGAUGGACUCCCGGGCCUGUCAGGGGAAAAGGGACAUGGGGUGUGGGCAGCAUCCGUGAAGAUGGAAGCUACAAUCCCUGAAGUGGAAGGAGCUUCCUUGGAGCAAGGGCAGAGGGUGCAGGCCACGGAGCGUGCCCAAUACCCCCUCUCCUUUGGCAGGAGUAUCACUGAGACGACGGUGGAGAUAGACAACGGCCUUGCAUCUAAAGAAAGGGUGAAGAUUUCCUCAAGAGUAUCCCAAGACCAUAUUUCCUCCCCAUAUGAGCCGGCUAAGAUGUGUAGAAAGAGAUGCAGUGUGAGUGAGAAUCUUCAAAAGCAUCUGAGAACCCACACUGGGAAGAAAUAUUUCAAAUGUUUAGCAUGCAGAAUGAGAUUCAUUAAGAGUGGCAGUCUGCAACUGCAUCGAAGAACACAUGUGGGGAAGGAACCUUUUGCAUGCUCAGUGUGUGGAAAGAGAUUCAGUCGGAGGGAUAAUCUUCAACAGCAUCAGAGAACCCACAAGGGGGAGAAAACUUUGGAAUGCUCAGAGUGCAGAAAGAGAUUCAGUUGGAAUGGCAGUCUUCAGAAGCACCAAAGAUCCCAUACAGGGAAGAAACCUUUUGAAUGCUCAGAGUGUGGAAAGACAUUCAGUCACAAUGGCAGACUUCACCUGCAUCAAAGAACCCACACAGGGGAGAAACCUUUUGAAUGCUUAGAGUGCGGAAAGAGAUUCAGUCGGAGUGGCGUUCUUAAGCUGCAUCAGAGAACCCACACAGGGGAGAAACCUUUUGAAUGCUUAGAGUGCGGAAAGAGAUUCAGUCACAGUGGCAGUCUUCACCUGCAUCAAAGAACCCACACAGGGGAGAAACCCAUUGAAUUCUCAGAGUGUGGAAAGCGAUUCAGUCACAGUGGCAGCCUCCACCUGCAUCAAAGAACCCACACAGGGGAGAAACCUUUUGAAUGUUUGAAGUGUGGAAAGAGAUUCAGUCACAGUCGCAGUCUUCACCUGCAUCAAAGAACUCACACAAGGGAGAAACCGCUUGAAUGCUCAGAGUGUGGAAAAACAUUCAGUCACAGUGGCCAUCUUCAAGUGCAUCAGAGAACCCAUAAAAGAGAGAAACCUUUUGAAUGCUCAGAGUGCAGAAAGAGAUUCAGAGACAAUGGUAGUCUUCAGAAGCACCAAAGAUGGCACACAGGGGAGAAACCAUUUGAAUGCUCCGAGUGUGGAAAGAGAUUCAGUCAGAGUGGUAAUCUUCAAGUGCAUCAGAGAACCCACACAGGGGAGAAACCUUUUGAAUGCUCGGAGUGUGGAAAGAGAUUCAGUCACAGUGGCAGUCUUCACCUGCAUCAAAGAACCCACACAGGGGAGAAACCUUUUGAAUGUUUAGAGUGCGGAAAGAGUUUCAGCCAAAGUGGCUAUCUUCAACAGCAUCGGAGAACCCACACAGGGGAGAAACCUUUUGAAUGCUCGGAGUGUGGAAGGAGAUUCAGCCAAAGUGGCAAUCUUCAGCUGCAUCAAAGAAUCCACACAGGGGAGAAACCUUUUGAAUGCUUAGAGUGUGGAAAAACAUUCAGUCACAGUGGCUAUCUUCAAGUACAUCAGAGAACCCAUACAGGAGAGAAACCUUUUGAAUGCUUAGAGUGUGGAAAAACAUUCAGUCACAGUGGCUAUCUUCAAGUACAUCAGAGAACCCAUACAGGAGAGAAACCUUUUGAAUGCUUAGAGUGUGGAAAAACAUUCAGUCACAGUGGCUAUCUUCAAGUACAUCAGAGAACCCAUACAGGAGAGAAACCUUUUGAAUGCUCAGAGUGUGGAAAGAGAUUCAGCCGAAAUGGUAGUCUUAAACUGCAUCAGAGAACACACACAGGGGAGAAACCUUUUGAAUGCUCAGAGUGUGGAAAAACAUUCAGUCACAGUGGCCAUCUUCAAGUGCAUCAGAGAACCCAUAAAAGAGAGAAACCUUUUGAAUGCUCAGAGUGCAGAAAGAGAUUCAGAGACAAUGGUAGUCUUCAGAAGCACCAAAGAUCCCACACAGGGGAAAAACCGUUUGAAUGCUUAGAGUGCGGAAAGAGAUUCAGUCGGAGUGGCAUUCUUAAACUGCAUCAGAGAACCCACAUAGGGGAGAAACCUUUUGAAUGCUCAGAGUGUGGAAAGAGAUUGAGAGACAAUAGUAGUCUUCAGAAGCAUCAAAGAACCCACACAGGGGAGAAACCUUUUGAAUGCUCAGAGUGUGGAAAGAGUUUCAGCUACAUUGGCAAUCUUCAACAGCAUCAGAGAACCCACACAGGGGAGAAACCUUUUGAAUGCUCAGAGUGUGGAAAGAGAUUCAGUCAGAGUGGCCAUCUUCAACAGCAUCAGAGAACCCACACAGGGGAGAAACCGUUUAAAUGCUCAGAGUGUGGAAAGACAUUCAGUCACAGUGGCCAUCUUCAAGUGCAUCAGAGAACCCACACAGGGGAGAAACCUUUUGAAUGCUCAAAGUGUGGAAAGAGAUUCAGUGAGAGUGGCACUCUUCAAAAGCACCAAAGAACCCACACAGGGGAGAAACCUUUUGAAUGCUCAGAGUGUGGAAAGCGAUUCAGCCGAAGUGGCAGUCUUCAAGAGCAUCAGAGAACCCACACAGGGGAGAAACCUUUUGAAUGCUCAGAGUGUGGAAAGAGAUUCAUUUCGAGUAGCAGUCUUCGACAGCAUCAGAAAACCCACCAUCGUAGAACCGACACAGGGGAGAAACCUUUUGAAUGCUCGGAGUGUGGAAAGAGAUUCAGUAACAGUGGCAGUCUUCACCUGCAUCAAAGA